UUUUAUGAUUUUGUCAUGUCAUGUUAUACGUCAGAUUUAUGCUGUGCUGUAGUUUAGAUUAUUUAAUUUUAUAAGAAAAAUAAUGUCUGGAUCUAAGAAAUUGACACUGCGAGUUCAAUCAGCCGACGGCACCUCCCGCCUCGACGUGCUGGACACGGACGUGACGGCGCGUCUGUUCGAACGAGUGUACGAGGCCCUCCAUCUCAAUACAUUUGCAUUUAGUCUCCACAAGGACAGAGCCAAAAAGGAGGAAAUUGUAUCAAGUAAAUCUCGGCAAUUGCGUGAAUAUGGGAUCCAACACGGAGAUAUGCUCUUCCUCAGUCCCGUCAACGGUGCAGUGCUCUUCGAUCAGCCUUCGACUAGUGCCGAGGCCCAAAAUAAACAAAUGAGUGAGGCUGGUCCCUCCACUGCCUCCGCAGACACAAACCCUUCAAAAUCAAAGAUACAUGUUGUAGAAGAUGAUGUAGACCUGGAACUAUACAAGGCUGAUGGCAACAUACAGAGACAGAGAGAUGACAAAUUAUGCCGUCACAACUCCAAAGGCUGCUGCGUGCACUGCUCCCCACUGGAGCCUUGGGAUGAGAACUACCUGAAGGAGCACAACAUCAAACACAUGUCCUUUCACUCCUAUUUACGCAAAAUUACUUCGGGAAAAUUUAUUAGCUUAGAAGAACCAUCAUUUAAAAUUAAACCCGGUUGCACGGAGCACCCGCCGUGGCCGCGCGGCAUCUGCUCGGGCUGCCAGCCAGGCGCGGUGACGCUGACGCGGCAGGCGUUCCGCCUCACCGACAAUGUGGAGCUGGAGCACCGCGCGGUGGUGGACCGCUUCUUGGGCUACUGGCGCGCUACCGGCCACCAGCGCGUCGCCGUGCUGUACGGCCGCUACGAGCGCCACCCCGCCGUGCCUCUGGGCGUGCGCGCGCGCGUCGCCGCCGCCUACGAGCCGCCGCAGGAGGGCGCGCGCGACGCCGUGCGCCUGCUGCCCGACCCCGUACGCCCGCUGCUCGACCGGCUGGCGGCGCGACUGGGCCUGCGCGCCGUGGGCUGGAUGUUCACCGACCUGCUGCCACUCGACCUGGCUGCGGGCACGGUGCGCCACCUGCGCGGCGCCGACACGCACUUCCUGUCCGCGCCGGAGUGCAUCACGGCGGCGCACCUGCAGAACGAGCACCCGAGCGCGUGCCGCCACGCCUCGUCCGGGUACUACGGGUCCAAGUGGGUGACGGUGUGCGUGAGCGGCGACCGCGAGCACCGCGUGCACCUGGAGGGCUACCAGGUGUCGGUGCAGGGCGCGGCGCUGGUGCGGGACGGCGUGUUGCUGCCGACGCGCGACGCGCCCGACCUCGCCUACAUCCGCGACUGCGGCCCGCAGCAGUACGUGCCCGACGUCUACUACAAGGAGCGCGACUCGUACGGCAACGAGGUGAACGCGUCGGCGAAGCGGCUACCGGUGGCGUACCUGCUGGUGGACGUGCCGUGCGGCGAGGCGCCCGCCCACCAACCGCCCACCUUCAGCCCGCGCGCCGCCUUCCCGCCCGCCCACCGCCCGCUCGCCGCCCACCUGCAGUCGCUGCGUGCGCUCCACGACCACCUAGAGACCACGCCCGACUUCCUCGAGGCGAUGUCGGACCUGCACGUGCUGCUGUACCUGGCGACGAACGAGGCGCUGCCGCUGGACGAGGAGGAGCUGGGCGAGCUGUUGGACGCCGUGCGCGACCGCGACGCCGCCGCCGCCGAGCGCUGGCGCCGCCGCCCCCAGCCCGCCACGCUGCUGCAGCUGGCGGCCGCCUCCGCCGGCGCGGGGGGUGCGGGGGGCGGGGCCGACGCCGCUGGGGGCGGGGCCGCGCAGUGGACCUGCCCGCUCUGCACCUACCACAACAACGCCGCCCACGACGCCUGCGAUAUGUGCGCCAUGCCCAGGCACAGCGCGUGAGGCGCGGUCGGCGCGCGCGGCUCCACGUUAUACAAAUAAAUUAUAUUUAUACCCUCA